AACUAGUGAAAAGCGAAACAGUUACAUAAAAGUAUCCACUUAGAUGCAGACAGGCAGAGGGCCUGUUGGGUGUUUGUCUGGCUAGUGUGAGGUGAGAAUAUCAACUUCUGCAGUCACCUUUCUGGUUGGACACCUCUAAUGUUUGCUGCUAGUCGAAACCACGUGGUUGCUGUGAAACAUUUGAUUGUGAAGGGAGCAAACGUGUGCACUCAUUCAACAGAUGAUGGCAGAACAGCGUUUGCUUUAGCAGUUUCUGGAGGGAGCUGUGAGACAGUUGCAGCAAUAGCUGACGAGACACUUAGGCAGAAAGGUGCUGGUUUUAAAUUUGCUUCAAAUCUGAUUUCUGAAGCCAAUGAUGAGUCACUUCAGAAAAUACUGCCUUGGCUUCAACGGGACUUUGAUAAAGUUUCCCGUGAUCUUGUAAGCUUAUGUGGAGAUGAGAAUUUAGGUCUUGACAGUUGGGACUUUUAUGGUUGGACUCCCCUGAUGCAUGCUGUUUACUUUGGAACACCUGACAUAGUAAAAAUGCUUGUGGAGAAGGGUUGCAACGUCAACGUAGCUGACAUAACUGGCAAGACACCUCUGAUAGUGGCAAUAGAGUGUUCGCGAGAAGAUAUGGUGUUCACUUUAUUGAAUUCUGGUGCGAAUCCAACUUGUAAAACAAAGAAAGGUCGAACAGCUGUUGAUUAUGCUGAGGUUUAUAAUGGGUAUCCUGGCAUUGUUAAUAUGGUGCAGGCUGCUGCAGAGUUCAGAUCAAAGUUAAAGAAUGCAAGUCUACGCACUGUCAUCCUCAUACUUGCUGGACUUGGUCUCCGCAAGUAUAUUCCAACUUUUAUUGAACAUAACAUUGAUGUAAACAAGUUCAAUCAGCUGACUGAGGAUGACCUUCGUGAUCUGGGUUUGACGACUAUGGGCCCAAGAAAGAAGGUACUGUCAGCUGUCAGAGACCGCCUGACUGAGAUCUUAUGA